AUUUAUAUAAUAUAUAUAUAUUUAUAUAGAUAUCAUCUGAAGAAAAAAGUCUUUCAAAAUCCUCUGUUGGAACCUCUUAUUAUUCACCCUGGACUUCGGCUAGUAUAUUUUCUCAUGUUAUGACUUGUGAUUCUUCUAAACAGAACCCUAAUAACGUUUUAGUUAAGAAUUUGUCAUCAAGUAAAAGUGACAAAGAUGAAGAAAUGUUACAAAAAGAGAACAAUGGUAAUGCUUCUUUUUGGCCUUCAGAAAAAGACGAAUUCAUUCCUUUUGAUCCUCCAUUUGUUUCAAAAUAUGGUCCAAUUUCUCGUUGUUCGAAAUCUUUAAUACGAGGACCUGCUCCAAUUCAAGUAAAUGCUGUUUCACAGAUGGGUGAACUUACUAGUCCAACCUCAGUAGUGAGACAUCCAUUAUCAUCAGCUGCAUUAGCUCCUUCUCUUUUUGCAGCAGGUGGACCAGGUUUUGCUGUUCCUGUUGCUUUAAUUCCAACAAUAGGGGAUCAAUAUAUACCAGUUGUGGAAUCUAUGGUUCCAGUAGCAAUGGAUUGUUUACCUGAUCAACCAUCUCAAACAAUAACUAAAGUAGCUGAAUUAUGUUCAGAAGAAAAUUCAUUAUCUGAUAAAAACAAUGUCAGUGUUUCUGAAAUAAAGGAAGAACUUUGGGUUGUUGAAAAAACAAUAAAAGAAAGAGAGCGCAUAAUUACAAAGUCUGAAAAAUUAAAGGGCUCUUCAGAAGGAAGAUCUUCUGUUCCUACAUCAAUUGGUCCAUGGCCAUCACAAACAUUAGAAAACAAACCACUUAUUAAAGAAGAGGAUGAUUAUGAAAUGCAAGUUGGUGAAGAAAUGAGAGAAAUUGAACAAAGAUGGCUUCAAGAGUUAGAACAAGAAGAAGAAACUUGGGGAGAUGAGCAAAUAGAUGAUGAAGGUGGUUAUUUAUUUAUUAUAUUUUUUGAAAUUUAAUUUUUCAUUUUUAAC